CUUCCAACAGCAUUUAUAUGUAACCUGCGCUCACUCGUGCGCCGUCUUCCUCUAUAUAGACUUCUGCAACGCGUGAAGAUAAUUUACGGUCAUUUCCCCUUCUGAAAAGUCAUCAUGGCCCCAACAAUCGAAGAGCUGUUAAAGCAUUACGAAUUUGACCCCUCCCUCAUCGACAGAGUUGCAUUUCGCAAAUACAAACAGCCCCUCGCCAUCGUCGAACCCGACCCAACAUGGCCAGAGCACUUUGCCCGUGCAAAAGCACGCAUCGAAUCCGCCAUCGGCGACACAGCAGUGUCAAUCAACCACGUCGGCUCAACCAGCGUCCCUUGUCUACCCGCUAAAGCUGUCAUCGACAUUGACCUAACAGUCAAAGACAUCAACGACGAAGCUUCCUAUGUAGAUGCACUUGAGAAUGUUGGUUUCCAUUUUCUCGUCAGGGAGCCGGGUUGGCAUGGACAUCGCUUCUUUUGCGAUUAUGAACCCGUGCCGACGAAUUUGCACGUUUGGGGUCCGGGAUGCCCAGAGGUGGUGAGGCACAAGAUCUUUGUGGAUUGGUUGAGGAAGAAUGAGGACGAUAGGAAAGCUUAUGAGAGCAUUAAGAGGGAGUCUGCGAGGGCUAGUGUUGAGAAUGGGGAGGAUGUUAUGGCGUAUAAUAUUAGGAAGCAGAAUGUCAUUCGGGAGAUUCUGCAGAGGGCUUUCAAGGAUCUGGGAUACCUCUAGAACAUACCAAGCAGUCUGUCAUGAGCUUUUGAUGGGUUGCAAGCCAAGGAAACAAUGGAAUAUUACGCGAGGUCAAAGUGGCUGCAAGAGAAGCUUCCGUGGUCGUGGAGAUAAGUGCCUUGGAAUAAACCGAGAUACAAAUACGGUGCUAUCGGUUCCUAAGCAUUUUGCCAGUACUUGCAAAUACCUAUUCAUAGAACCUGGGUUUCUUUGAGACCAAGCGCUGGUAAAGCAUGCUCUCGGAUGCUGCCGUGAAGUUCUUGUGAUACCUUCCAAUUCGAGCCUAGGUUUCAGCUAGCCUCAGCUUGGUCCACGACUCCAA